AUUAGAUCCUCCUCUCGCAGAAACCCCAAGAAGAAGAAUUGUUGUACUCGCGGCAGGUCGUUUAUUUUGGUGUGUUUUUCUCACAAAAUGACAAAAUCGAAGGACAAGAGAGAGAAAGUCAGCGUUGCUAGCGAGAUUGAUCGUGUUGAGGAGCGACGGUUGCGAUGUCACGACAGUAUCGAGAGGGCAGAGUUCAGACGGCGGCGCGAGGAGCUCUCUGAUCAAGACAGACAAUCGCUGGAGGAUGAAAUGACGAUAAUGAACGAAAGGAUGCAAAAGUAUGAUAAAGAGCUGGAGGUGUUGAGAGGAGAGAACAGGAGGAAUAUGAUGCUCUCUGUUGCUCUAUUGGCUGUCAGUGCUCUCUUCUACUACGCCUUUAUCCACUACUGAAUAUGAAUGAACUCAUCUUAGCACAGUUGACUGUGUUAUGUUACAUCUUCAUCAGGACCAAAGACUGCUUUGGCAGCUAAAAGCCUUCAUGCAGCCAUUUGUGCAAAUUAUACGGUGACAUUCGGGGGUCUCAAGUGAAAGUCACCCAGUAAGAUACUACUUGAGUAAAAGUCUAAAAGUAUCUGGUUUUAAAUGUAGUUAAGUACAGUGGUGGAAAAAGUACUCAAUUGUCAUACUUGAGUAGAAGUACAAAGUAAAAGUAAAUUCGACACAUACAAUUCCAGACUGCACGAUAAAAAUACAUUUAAAAAAUAACGGUCAGCCAGGGGCACACUCCAACACUCAGACAUAAUUUACAAACACAGUAUU